UACUUUAUGACAGGCUUAAAACUAACUAAAAAUCCAGCAGCUCAAUACUUCCAACGCUAAUUUGCUGUGUUGUCAAAGUAGAACCCUCUGAAGGAAAACAUGGGAAGAAAGACUAUUUUGCUUUUGAUCACAGGGGUGCUGGGGGCAUAUUUUCUUUAUACACCUCUCCCAGAUAAUAUUGAGCAGCCUUGGAAAGUGAUGUGGAUAACUACACAGAUGGAAAUAGCAACUUACUUGGGUCUGUUUACUGAAUUCUUGGGAAUCAGUCAUUUAAUGGACACGAUCAUGUUCUUUAUGGGCUUUCAAGAAGUCCCACCCACGUCCGAUGAAAAGGUCACUGUGAUGGAGACAACUUUCAACAAUGUUCCUGUGCGUGUGUAUGUGCCAAGAAGAACCUCAGAGACACUAAGGAGGGGACUGUUUUAUGUCCAUGGUGGUGGUUGGUGUUUGGGAGAUGCUGCCUUCUCUAAUUAUGACACUGUGUCAAGACGGACAGCUGAUAGACUUGAUGCUGUUGUUGUGUCCACCAACUACAGACUGGCACCUAAGUAUCAUUUUCCAAAUCAAUUUGAAGAUGUAUAUAAUGCAUUAAAGUGGUUCUUACGCCAAGAUGUUCUUGACAAAUACGGUAUUGAUGCGAAAAGAACUGGUAUUUCUGGAGACAGUGCUGGUGGGAAUUUGGCUGCAGCAGUGGCCCAACAGCUCUUAGAGGACCCAGAUGUCAAGAACAAACUGAAGAUCCAGUCCUUAAUAUACCCUGCCCUUCAGCCUCUUGAUCUGGAUUUACCAUCCUAUCGGGAAAAUAUGUAUGCUCCAGUUCUAUCUAAAUCACUCAUGGUCAGGUUCUGGAGUGAAUAUUUUACCACGGAUAGGUCACUGGAGAAAGCCAUGCUUUCCAACCAACACGUUCCUGUGGAAUCCAGUCACCUGUUCAAGUUCGUUAACUGGAGUUCCUUGCUCCCAGAGAGGUUUAAGAAAGGCCACGUUUAUAGCAGUCCACGUCAGGGUAGCUCCGAGCUGGCCAAGAAGUAUCCAGGGUUCCUAGAUGUGAGGGCGGCCCCCCUGCUGGCUGAUGACAGCAAGCUGCGUAGUUUACCCCAGACCUACGUCAUCACCUGUCAGUAUGACGUCCUUCGGGAUGACGGACUCAUGUAUGUCACCCGACUUCGGAACGCUGGAGUUAAGGUGACCCUUAACCACGUUGAGGAUGGAUUCCAUGGAGCAGUUUUCUUUGAUGGAAUUUACAUUGGAUAUAGACUAGAAAACCAAUACAUUAGCUGGCUAAGUGAAAAUCUAUAGUAAAAAUCUAAACAUUGUUUUUAUUAAAAAUCUCUAAGCCUUAGAACAAAAAAUAAUGAGUGAAAAUCAAAAGUUGUUAUUAAAUAGAUGUCUAUCUUCUGUGACCUUUAUAAUGGCCAUAGCAUCUUUUUCAUUUAGUUGUUUUUACUCUUAGCAGAUUCUUCUCUCCUUUAUGUGCCAUUCACUCAUUACUAUGAAAUUAUAUACUUUAUAUCUUUCUUCUAGUUAUUCACUUAUUUUUUAUCUCUAAUUGACAGUGCUAUGUUUUUUAUUGUGCUACAACUUAGAAAAAAAAUUAAACAUUUAAUUUAUAAAAUGUUAGGGUUUUAAUUGGCAUGGAUUUAGAGGCAAUAUAAAUUAUGCGACAACUCUAUUGACACAUAUUUACCUCAGUGUAAUGCAGGUGCCUAUCACUGUAAAAUUUACUUCUUACGACAAAUCUAUUCCUGUAGUAGAUUAUAAAAAUUCAUGCAAAUGAUCUCUUAUGCGCUUCAGGGAAAGCCAACUUUAAUCUUGUGAUAAAUUAGUUGUUGAGGUAGCAAGGAGCCAGCCUGAGGCAACAGCUUCGUGUAUGGUGGUGGCUAACAGUGGUGAAUGAAACAUAGGAUAGGGAAGAAAAAUACAACCAUAUUGAAAAAUCUGAA